AUGGCGUCAAAUACAAGCCACAUGAAUAGCUUUACCACCCUUAUCAAGCGGCUGGAGGCAGCAACAUCCCGGCUUGAAGACAUGGCAUCCGCACUCGAGGUGCCAAGCCCUUCGGCUUCUCCAGCACCAGAGGCCGCAAAGGGCGCCCUAGCUACGCACCAAGCCCCCCCAAGGACUGCUGUUGCAGUACUACCUCCACCUCCGCCACCGGCGGCAGUGAGCUUGCCCAAAUCGAUCGAGGCGUUUGACGAGCUGAUAAACACCAAAGUAAAGCCGUUCGUGGGGAUUGCUCAAAAGAUCGGUGGCGCUGUUGCUCAGCAAGCUCAAGCCGUUCUAGAAGCUUUUGAAGCCGAAAGGAAAUACCUUCUUGUCUCAACCAAAUCCAAAAAACCUGACCCACAACCGCCAGAGCUCUUGACGGAGCUUCACAGAGCAUCCGAUGAGAUAAACAAUAUUCGAGAAAGCAACAGACCCUCGCCGUUAUUCAAUCACCUCAGCGCUAUUUCAGAAGGUGUUAUGUCGAUGGGAUGGUUCUUCGAGAUCAGACCCGCUGAAUUUGUGACAGAUGUCUUGGGCGGUGCUCAAUUCUAUGGUAAUAGAGUCCUGAAUGAAUACAAAGAAAAGGACAAAACCCACGUGGAAUAUAUCCAAGCCUACUAUGUUAUAUUUCGAUCUUUAAUAGCCUAUAUUACGGAAUAUUUCCCCCGGGGUAUAUUAUGGAACAAAGAUGGCGUUGAUGUUAUGGAGGCACUCAAGGAAGUAUCCUCAGAAGCGCCGGUUGCGGAUGGUGCCCCCCCUCCUCCUCCGCCUCCACCAUUACCCAAUCUUGAGCUUUUGGGUGUACCGCCGCCGCCUGGUGGCGCUCCUGUACCCCAGGCUGCCUCGAAUAGUGACAUGUCCGCCGUUUUCGAGCAAUUAAACCAGGGUUCCGCAAUCACCUCCAAUCUCCGCAAAGUCGACAAAUCCGAAAUGACACACAAGAAUCCGAGUCUUCGUGCCAGCUCUUUAGUUUCUGACAAGGCUUCUUCUCAGAUACCUGUGGCUCGUGGCAAGUCUCCUGCACCUAGUAAAAAGCCUAAACCCGAGAGUAUGCGGGCGAAGAAGCCAUCCCGAAAACAACUAGAUGGCAAUAAAUGGUUCAUCGAACAUUUUGAUAACCCUGGCGACGUGAUCGAUAUUUCUGCUUCCCUCACCCAGUCGAUUCUUGUAUCUCGCUGCCACAAAACCAUUGUCAAAGUCAGCAACAAAGCAAAUGCAAUUUCGAUCGAUAACUGCAGUGAAGUGUCAAUCAUCAUCGAUUCAUUGGUCAGCAGCCUGGAAGUCAUCAAGUCCCCCAAAUUUGCACUCCAGAUCGACGGGGUAGUUCCUACCGUGAUGCUUGACCAAGUAGAUAGCGCGACAAUAUAUCUUAGUCAAGCUAGUCUGGGGACAGAUAUACUGACAAGUAAAUGCACCAGUGUGAAUAUCGUCCUACCACCUAAGGGGGGAUCUGAAGAUAUGGAUGAUAAAGAAUGUCCCGUACCAGAGCAAAUCAGAAGUUAUGUAAAGGAUGGGGCUCUUGUCAGUGAAAUUGUGGAGCAUGCUGGAUAG